AUCUCCUCUUUCUCGUCGUCUCGCUCCCCACGCAUCCAUCGCCGACGUCGUGGUCGGCCUUGGCCUCGCCUGCGGCCCGCCAGCUGGCCUUGCUCACUCCCAUUCAUUCCCCCGCCGACCUCCCUGGUCCCUGCCGUUGACGCACCACAGCAUCCCCGUCUCGAGGCACCAUGCUUCCUACCCAGGCCAGCAACUGGUCCGCCCUUCUGCAGCAACUCCUCCUCCUCUCCACCGCCGCCGCCAGCUUUGGCUCUGGCGCCUAUGCCUUCCACGGUGGACUCGCCUCCGCGGCGUCCAGCAGCAGCGGCUCGCGCAUAGUCGCGCAGGACGUCGCGGCGCACAAGGCCGCCGGCUAUCGCAAGACGCUCGGUUACGGCCCUCAGCACCCUUCUGCCCUGCACGAACCCGGAAACAAGGCAUCGGACAGCCUGUAUACUACCUUUGCCACGGCCAGCAGCGGCGUGCAUGCUGACCUCAAGGACGGCGCAUCAGCCGCGUCUCGCUUGCUCAACUCGCUCAACGACGAGCUCGCGAGCUACGCGCAGCUCGCCAGCAACACCCCUCCGUUGUCUCGUCACCCUUCACUCUCCGAACGCGUGCAGCAGUCUGCACAGUGGCUACUCCUCUCCCUGACACCUUCCGAUGCACCCCCACUCCUCUCGCCCGCACUAUCGGCCGCUCGGCAGGUCGAGUGGCGCAUCCGUGAGGACUCUUACGUCGACACCUCAUCGGGCAUCUCGCACGUCUACGCGCGCGCCAUCGUCACGCCCGAAAACCGUGAGAUUGUCAAUGCAGACGUCAACAUCAACAUCGCUCCCGACGGCAAGAUCCUCAGCUACGGCAACUCGCUGUACGUCGAUGCCAUUGACAAUACCGUGCGCUUUGCCGCUGCCACCUCCAGCGACGCGUCGCAUGACUUCACCAUGAACCUCGAUCAGGAUGGCAUGGGGAAGGCCAAGCUGGUCGACCCACGCUUGGCUCUCGCCCACUUCCUCGCCGAGGCAUCGCCAUUUGGCUCGUACGCCGUUGACCUCGACGCACGCGCUGAAGCAUACGCGGCGGCCAUGCGCACGCGGUCACCGCGCAAGGAUGACAGCAGCGGCAAGACCGACACGUACACGAUCACCAGCGCACCGCUGACCAUGGACCCCGUCUACGCCAAGCUUGCUUACCUUCAGGUCCCGGCCGACGAUGGAAUCGGCAUGGAGCUCCAGCUGGUUUGGAAGAUGGAAGUGCCCAUGCGCGACAACAGCUAUGAGGCCUGUUUGCUUGCUACGAUGGCCGCGCCGGGCGAAGCGUCGGUCAAAGAUUACGACAGCCAGCUCGGACGCGGCAGGACGCUGAGCGUCGUCGACUGGGUGCAGAGCAUGCCUGCUGCGCACCGCACCGUCCAGCUCGAAGCCAAACGUGACUUGACUGCCCUCACAUGGACGCACCUGCAAGAAACCUCCGCCAGCAUCGGAAACAAGGCCGCGAACGGCAUGCAAGCGCUGGAGCAGAAUAUUGCCGCGCUACUUGAACAGGGCGGCGUCUACUUGGAGCAAGACGCUGAUAGCGUAGACGCCGACCCGCUUUCGAAACCUCCAGUUUCCAUCACCGAACAAGUCGACGACCACGUCAAUGGUGACGAACUCGCGUUGCAGGACUUCCCGCGUGACCCAAUGCUCAAGGUGUUCAAGUGGGGCUUCAACGACCCGACCGACGGCGUGCGCUCGAUCGAGAACGGUGUGCGCCCGCACUCGCCCGCCAGCCCGCUCGGUUGGCACCGCACGCUCCUCCGCAGCGACCCAUUCGCUAACAGCGAUGGCGACAGUCAUUCAGCGCGGCACGGUAAAGGGCAUGGAGGACGCACGCAGCCGAGGCACGAGGACGGCAAGUACGUCGUGUACAAGGACACGCGCGGGAACAACGUUCUCGCCAGCGCCGAUCCGGUCGGCGCGGGCGACUGGGAGGGUGCAAAGCGGCCAAUCGCCAAGCGUAUCUCAUCGAGCAGAAGUGGUUCUUCCAAGGAUGAGGGCGACGACGAGUGGAUCUUCGAUUUCCCCUUCCCCUGGCGAGCGUACGACAAGAAUCAUACCGAGCUGGAUCCGAGCGUAUACAGUGAUGCGAGCACGACACAAUUGUUCUACCUGUGCAACAAGUACCACGACUUCCUCUGGGGCUAUGGUUUUGACGAGCUCUCCGGCAACUUCCAGGCAGAUAACUUUGGUCGCGGCGGCGCAGGCAACGACCCCGUCAUCGCUUUCUCGCAGGAUGGCGCCGGCAUGAACAACGCAGACUUUAUGACGCCCCCGGAUGGUCGCAAGCCGCGCAUGCGCAUGUACAAGUGGAGCAGCACGCCGCAGCGCGACGGCGACUUUGAAGAGGGCAUCGUCAUCCACGAAUACUCACACGGUCUCUCGACGCGAUUGACCGGUGGCCCAGCGAACAGCGGCUGCUUGGGAUGGGGUGAGGCCGGUGGCUUUGGCGAGGGCCAGGGUGACGCAUUUGCGACUAUCAUCCGCCGCAAGCACGCGAAGGCACAUGACUGGACUAUGGGCGAGUGGGCCUCGCACACCAAAGGCGGCAUCCGCAAGUACCCGUACAGCACCAACAUGACUGUCGACAAGGAGCUCUACUCGGACCUCGACAAGCCCGGCUACGGCUUCUCCGUGCACGCCAUCGGCGAGGUCUGGGCCGGCAUGGUCAACGAGCUGGUCGAGGGCCUGAUCCUCAAGCACGGCUUCACGCCAGACCUGUUUGUCCCGCUGCCCAACGCGACGCAGGCCGAUGCCGAUGCGUUCUUCCUGCGCGAGGACGAGACGCCCAAGCAGCGCACGAGCACCCGCCGCAUCCCCAGGCACGGCAACUCGCUCGCCGUCCAGCUCCUCAUGGAUGGCAUGAAGCUGCAGCCUUGCAGGCCUGGUUUCCACGACAUGCGCGACGCCAUCUUGCAGGCUGACGAAAAUCUCACCAACGGGAACAAUACUUGCGUCAUCUGGACCGCCUUUGCCAAACGGGGCCUCGGCACGGACAGCAAGAUCGAGCUACAAACACCGUGGGGCGGCGGGGUCCGUACAGACGGGUUCAAGAUUCCCAAGAAGUGUCAGGCGGCCCAGCAUUGAUGGCUGAUUGCCUGGUUCAUCGGAGUACGCCCUUACCGCCUCGAAUUGAGCUAAUUCCGCUCCCCGUUGCCUUCGUGGGUCCUAAACACCACCAUCCGCAGCUUCAUGCCUUUCCGACCAAGAGACUCCAAUGUUUUCGUUACGACCGUGAUCCCGUUCCGUUGUUUUGUCUGCGACAUUCCUAGUACCAAUUCUCUCAAUCAAUAUCAGCACCUCCAGCAAUGAUCGCGCAUCGAAGAUCCUGGCUAUCUCAUAUCGGUACUUGUAUCAUAAAGGCUCGUCAGACGUACCAAUACAUACAUACUUGAAUGUUGAA